AGGGUGUUACUGUUUCAAUCAGCAUUCACGUCGCCUUGUGGGCGCACUUUAAGGAGAGGCGAUGAUAGUUUUAUUGCCCCCAUAAAAGGCACUUCCAGAAAAAAAAAAAUAUUAAUUAUGAGAAAAAAAUAAAUAAACCCGCACUUUUUAAGUCGGGAAGGAGAGGUGAAACCGUAGCCUCGCUGGGCCGCGGGUGCAUGUUUUAGAAGAAGGACUGCAGAGAGGAGGAGAUGCGGUUAUAGGGAGUAGGCAGCUCAAAGGGCAGUUUCAGAUGGCUCAUAUUCCGCUGUAACUGUACAGCACGGUGAUAGCGGCGGCGGAGCAGCAAAGCGGACGCACUGGCAGCAUCUGCAGCAUCCGCACAUCAGACCUGGCACUUCCAGAGCGCGCGCAGUCCAUUUAGGAAACGCUGUGAGACGCACACUUUUCCAAGGGAUGGCCGUGAUAUUUCACAAGUAAUAUGUGCAAGACUGAUGUGGACUUUUUUUUUUUUUUUUUUUUUACAAAAAACUCCUUCUCCUUUCUCUUCUCUGCUCAGUUGUGUUUCCUCAUUCAUUGUGCGCCCCUAUGAAGAGCAUUAACUAUCCCUCCCUCCAAUCCUAUUGAAAAGGCAGCGAGGAAAAGAAAAAAAAACAGAGGGAGAUGAGAGCAGCAAAUCCCUUUUUUAUUCCUCUGGUAGCGCUCAAUAAGAGAAGAAUGUGUUGCCUAUCAGUCACCGAGGGGAUCAAAUCUUCGGGACUGUCCCACGCGUUCAGUGCACCUCGCAAAGCAUCACUGAGAUAGACAGAGUGAAGAGGACAGCAGCAGCAGCAGCAGCAGCAGCAGCAGCAGCAGCAGCAGCAUCCUGCCCGGACACUUCACAUCAUUCAGGGAACCUGUCUCCACUCAGGAUCCAUUUAAGUCAAUUAGGACUGCCGGCAUCUCUCAGAUCUUCUCGUCGCAUGUUUGAACCGAAGCCACGAUGAGGAGUCUGGCUCUGCUGUUGGGAGUGAAAGCCGCCUGCAUCCUCCUGGUGUCUUCGCUUUCCCGCACAGGGGCCGUGAACAACAGCGGCCGGUGGUGGGGAAUAGUCAAUGUGGCUUCCUCAUCCAACCUCCUCACCAACUCCAAGAGUGUGCAGUUGGUCCUGGAUCCAAGCCUGGCCCUCCUGAGUCGUCGCCAGCGCCGGCUGAUUCGCCAGAAUCCUGGCAUUCUGCACGCCAUCGCUGCAGGGCUGCACACAGCCAUAAAGGAGUGCAAGUGGCAGUUCCGCAACCGCCGCUGGAACUGCCCAACCACCUACAGUCCAGCAAUUUUUGGCAAAAUUGUCAAUCGUGGUUGCAGAGAGACUGCGUUUGUGUUUGCCAUCACCAGCGCUGGAGUGACUCAUGCUGUGGCCCGAUCCUGCUCAGAAGGGGCUAUUGAGUCGUGUACAUGUGAUUAUCGGCGCAGAGGUCCUGGAGGCCCAGACUGGCACUGGGGGGGUUGCAGUGACAACGUGGACUUUGGCAAGAUGUUCAGCCGUGAGUUUGUGGACUCCGGUGAGAGGGGCAGAGAUCUGCGAUACCUCACCAACCUACACAACAACGAGGCUGGAAGAAUGACCGUCUCCUCAGAGAUGCGUCAGGAGUGUAAGUGCCAUGGCAUGUCUGGCUCCUGCACAGUGCGGACCUGUUGGAUGCGCUUACCCAGUUUCCGCACGGUGGGAGAUUUCCUCAAGGAACGCUUUGACGGCGCAUCCAGAGUCAUUUAUGCCAACAAGGGCAGCAACCGUGCCUCUCACCGAGCCGAGCCCAGACAUCUGGAGCCAGAAAACCCAGCUCACAAACCCCCAUCUUCCCUGGACUUGGUCUACUUUGAGAAAUCGCCAAACUUUUGCUCUUACAAUGGCAAAACUGGCACUUUGGGAACCUCUGGAAGAACAUGCAACAGCUCGUCUCCAGGCCUGGAUGGAUGCGAGCUGCUGUGCUGCGGACGUGGAUUUAAGACUCAAACUGAGAGCGUGACUGAACGUUGCCACUGCACGUUCCACUGGUGCUGUCAUGUCAGCUGCCUGAACUGCACUAGCACACGAACGUUACAUCAGUGUCUAUGAUUGAAGGUGGAACAUUUGAGUUAAUAUUUGAGCAAGUAUUGGAGACAAAGAUAGAACUUUUCUUUUUUUUUUAAUCAAACCAGGUUGUUGCUUUAGAGAACGUGAGGCUCUCAAGUUAAGGUGUUUGGAAGAGGGCAUGAAAGUUUAAAUCCAGGUAAAAUGACAAAAGGAACAUUUCUGGCACAAAGAUCCUACCUGUCUCUCAGAAAGACAAAGUAAAACACACAUGUAUAAACAGGGUAUCAAAGGAACACAGGUGCUUACAUUUUAACCAUUAUUUUUAGCAAAUAUUUGAACACAACAAAUAUUUAUGUUGAAGGGAAAUCGCCCACCACGCUGAGAAUAGCAUAGAAAUAAAAGGAUUUAGUGAACAGAUUGCUGCAACCAUCAACUAAUGUCUAAGUGGGAAGCAGGGCAGUGUUUCACAGAUGUUUCUGAAGCCACAGAGCAGAGAGCUACAAAUAUGUUCUCCUAUUACCAGGCAAGGAACACUCUCGACUCCGCUUGUUUACGUAGAGCUUGGGUGCUCCCGACCACUUCUAAUUUCCCUCCAAUUCCCUUGGCUUCUUUUGAUUUCUCUGUUUCUUAAUUGCCUGAAAACAGAUUUGCCAUUUGAAUUCUUGACCAGAAAAAUGCUGGCAAAUUCACAGUGAGUCACCAGACAACUACAUUAUUUGAAUGUAUUAUGAAUACACUGAAUGUUGUAUUAAAUUUUGCAUCAGUAUUGAGGAAUGAUAAAGCUGGCACAAAACCGAGCAGUGACUUAAGAAAAAAAGAAGCGUCCAGCAUGACUUAAUCUAGGUUUAAUGUAGUCAAAAUUGGUAAAAUUAUUAUGUUUAAAAAGUGUAACGUGCAGCAAAUAUUUUUCAAAUAAUAAAACUACUAUGAAGACUGUCAUAGUGUGCAUCAGCUAAAGAAAACCAAAAGGAUGUAAGCAGUGGUGGUUCUUGGGUGAGCCCCUCUUACUGCUGCUCCACAAAUAAUUAAAUGCAAGCAAUUAUCAGAGUUACAGGGCAAACGGAUAAUAUGCAGAAAACAUGUAACCUUGUUGGUCACCCCAUCCCUUUUAAUUUCGCCCUGGCCCAUACCACAAACCGGCACUGGAUGUAGGUAUUAAAAUAGCAAAAAUAUAUUUAUAAAAGUGGGGCUUGUCAAUUUGCCAAAUGAUUUAUUUGCCCACCAGUGACUGGACAGCAUGGAGUCAAUUCAGGAUAUGUUUAGAGGUAUUUUUCCCCUUUUUAGUUAAUGUAGCUGACAAAAGUUAACUCUUGCUAGAACCAGAAAAUUCCAUUUUUUUCUGCUAAGAAAACACUUGUCUGUUUGGUCAUGCACUGAAUAUUUACUUUUUUAUGAGUGUAAAUACAAAUAUUUAUUUUUGAUGAUUUUUAUACUGUUAUAGAAUAUUGUCAGAACAGUCUCUUUUUAGAUAUCAAUCCAAAAAUCUUUGAUUUUAGUUGGGGUUUUUUUUUACUGUAUGAUAGGCAAAUAAAGGUUAUAUUUUCAAUUAAGCCAGCUCUUCUGGAUGUGUCUGAGAUGCUGUUACGUCUGAUAUUCGUUCUGUUUUGUGUAAGAAGUUUGACAAUAGAGAAAGUGAACACA